GUCGCUGGAAGCCGCUCUUUCCGCUCAUCUCGGUGAUGUUGUGCUAGCCUAGUGAGUCGUCAAGGAGCGCUGGCGGAGGACCGGUGAGAGAAACCCCAUCAGAAGUUAUGGCCGAGAAGCUCGAUCCUGAGACCAUGAGAGACAGUUCAGAAUGGCUCUUCUCCUUUGGAGUUAUAGCAGAUAUCCAGUAUGCUGAUUUAGAAGAUGGGUACAAUUACCAAGGAAGCAGGCGGCGGUACUACCGACAGAGUCUUCUUCACCUAACUGGCGCUAUUGAAGAGUGGAAUAAAGAAAGCAGCAUGCCCUGCUGUGUCCUCCAACUUGGAGAUGUCAUCGAUGGCUAUAAUGCACAGUAUAAAACAUCAGAAAAGUCCCUAGAACGUGUUAUGAACACAUUUCAGAUGCUCAAAGUCCCAGUUCAUCAUACAUGGGGAAACCAUGAAUUUUAUAACUUCAGUAGAGACUAUUUAAUAAACUCUAAACUUAACACAAAGUUUCUAGAAGAUAGGAUUGCACAUCAUCCUGAGACUGUGCCUUCAGAGAAUUAUUAUGCUUAUCAUUUUGUACCAUUCCCUAAAUUCCGGUUCAUUUUACUUGAUUCUUAUGACUUGAGUAUCUUGGGUAUAGAUCAGUCUUCUCCAAAAUACCAGCAGUGUAUGAAGAUACUGAGGGAGCACAACCCAAAUAAGGAAUUGAAUAGUCCAAAAGGACUGUUUGAGCCCCAGUUUGUCCAGUUCAAUGGAGGAUUCAGCCAAGAACAGCUGAACUGGUUGAAUGAUGUUCUUACGUUCUCUGACACAAACCAAGAAAAAGUGGUGAUUGUGAGCCAUAUCCCCAUUUACCCAGAAGCCUCUGACACUGUGUGCCUGGCCUGGAACUACAGAGACGCUCUGGCAGUCAUUUGGUCUCACAAGUGUGUGGUGUGUUUCAUUGCUGGUCACACGCAUGACGGCGGCUACUCUGAAGACCCCUUUGGUGUGCACCACCUGGACCUAGAGGGAGUCAUUGAAGCAGCUCCAGAUAGCCAAGCCUUUGGCACAGUUCAUGUCUACUCUGACAAAAUGAUGUUGAAAGGGAGAGGCAGAGUUCCAGACAGGAUUAUGAACUAUAAGAAGGAACUUUUAGUGUGACUUACCUUGCUUUCCUUUAUAGAAAGAGGAUGACUUGGCUUUGUGCCUUUUCCAACUACAGGUGGAAAAAAUAAAUAUUCUGAGCCUCACUGUUGUAUAUUCUUCGAUAACCAAACAUGCUUAUGCCUUUGUGUAUGUUGAUAAAAUACUCAGAAAUCACACUUUUGGGUAAUACAGAUUCCUUUUUUUUUUUUUUUUGCAGAACUGGGGAUUGAACUCAGGCCCUUGUACUUACUCUACUGAGCUAUCUCCCUGGCCCCUACAUUCCUGAAAGUUAGAAAAACAAGAGACUGCAGUGGGAGUAUAUCGUUCCAAUAAGGGAUUUUAGUUGGCUUUUUCUAAAACACAUUUUUUUUUGUUUAUGCAAGAGAAUAUGUUCAUGUUAGCUGUGUAACUUCAGACACAAUAAAUAAAACUCUGAUCAGCUUUUUCUGUUCAUUUUUUUUUGGUGUAAAUGAGCUUUGGACUGGCUUUGUUCAUAAUACCUAUACUUGGACUUUAUAGGCUUACAUUCCUGUUUUGGAGAUAAAAACUUUGACUAGUUACUCGAAAAGUGAAUGUCUGGGGCCUGCAUCUUUCUAGGAACAUCUCAGAGAAGUCAUGUGGUCCUCUGCUGAUCCUAACCAAAGAAGGACUGCCAGUGUGGCUGUGAGCCUGCUACUGCGGGCUGUUGGGAUCAGUGGUGCACAG